UUCAAGAUGGCUGGAAGCGUGCGGGUCGUGGGCACAUUUAACUUUCUAACUUCCAAAUGUUCGCCACUUAUUCGAUUAAAUGCUGUUCGAGAACAAUUUUGUUUUCUGUCGCCAGUUUAUUAUCAACAAGUACAGGAAAAACAUUAUGAUAUUAAAUGGCAAAAGCUGAGGGCUGCUAAAGUCUUGAAGAUGAAACUUCCGGACUAUGACAGAGUUAAGAAGUCCCAGACUUGGGAUCCUGAACAAAGAAGGUCUGAGAUGAAGAAGGAAGGACGGUUGCCCCCAAGGCAGUUCCAGGAGCGCCCUCUGAAUAUAAGCUCCACAGGUGGUGUGUUUGAACAAUAUGUACCACCAGAGGGAGAUGGAAGAGUGUCAACCCUUUCUAAAGAGGGUGCCAAGCAGAGAUUAACGGGCAUAGAAAAAAAGGGAAAGUCUUAUCUACAACUGCGCAAGAUCAGGCAGUUUGAGGAAGACUUUGACACAAAGGAAUUCGCUCAGACCGCCCUUGAGUUGUAUACAGAGGCUCAUCAACUACUACAAGAUGUAAAAAAGAAUGAGAUGAGACUCCAUGAUCUAGUCACAGAAAAAGCUUAUCCGGAUAUGACACAUACGCUAACGAAGAGGACGUUCCGUUGGAGAUUCAUAGAAAGUAUCGAGCCACCCCAUGUCGUCCAUAUUCGCUGCACGGAGAUGCUGGCAAAGACAAACCUUUACGCUCAAGUCACUGUGAGGAUGCACACAAAACAGGCUCUUGCCAUUUACGAUCAAUUUGGCAGACUGAUGUACGGUGAUGAAAAUAUAGCCAAGGAUAUCUUGGAAUACGUCGUGUUUGAGAAGCAUCUUGCUAAUGAAUAUGGUACCUGGCGGAUUCAUGGGAAGGUGGUUCCCGAUUGGAUGCCGCCAAGACAGCCAAUAAUUAGGACAUAUAUCAAACAAGAACCAGAGCCGAUCCCUGAUAUACCGGAUGAACCAGAUGCAAGCAAAAAGGAGGAGAAGCCAGCACAACCUGAACAGUUAGAACAGGGCAGUUUAGCAACAGCGUAGUUUUGGAUAAUCUCGUUAAAACAUCAGAGUAUGACUUUGCAUGUGCUGAUCCAGGCCUUGGAGUCGGAGGGCCAUUCAAAGUUUUUAGAUUGUCAGUCAAGAUUUUUCGGAAAUCACAUUGUAAGGGGUGGUACUUGCUUGUUGGGCUGGGAUCCAUGCCUGCUUGUUUCCGACUUAAUCGAUCCAUACACUGCUUUGUCCCCCCCAACGAGAAAAUGUUGGAGGAGUAAGUUGAAAAAAUGUUGUGUGUUUUCAAACAAGUCCUUUCUUCUUCAAUUAUCUUGCUCUU